GUAGCGCUGAUCUGAGAUCGGUGUUUGGAAGCGAUUCUCGGGACUCCUUUCCUAUAGCAAAAUUUCAUCAUGGCGACAGACGUAUUGCUGGUAAAUAACAGGCUAGUGUGAGAAUAUACUGAGUUGUAACAGGGUGAAGAAUAGCAUGCAGCAAUAUAAUCAGCACAUAUUGAGUGAAACGCACAUAAGAGUUUGAUAAUGGAAACGCGGGGAAUAGAGCAGAUGUUUGAUUUCCAGCGAUUGCCAAGUGAUGGUCUGAUCCUACUCCUGCUUAUGCUGUACUUCCCAGUCGGCCUUUGUUUAGUGUUGCUCCGAAUAUUUAUUGGUGUCCAUGUAUUUCUAGUAAGCUGUGCACUUCCUGACAGUUUUGUAAGAAGAUUUAUAGUUCGAGUCAUGUGCUCUGUGUUGGGGCUGCAUGUGAAGCAGAACAACCAGCGCUCAAAGGACAAAAAUGUCAAGCUGUAUGUUAGCAAUCACGUCACUCAGUUUGACCACAACAUUAUCAACCUCCUUACCUCCUGCAACACUCCUCUGUUGGAGGGCCCUUCAGGGUUUGUGUGUUGGGCACGGGGUUUUAUGGAGCUGGGAACUGUGGCAGGCAGCAGAGCUGAGCUGGCACAGACCUUGCGUAGCUAUUGCUCAGUUCCUGGAGCACUGCCUAUACUGCUCUUUCCAGAGGAAGACACCACCAACGGACGUGCUGGUCUGCUGAAGUUCAGCUCCUGGCCUUUUUCUGUGGCGGACUCUGUACAACCUGUGGCCUUGAUGGUGAAGAGGCCGUUCAUAGCUGUGAAUGUACCAGAGACUUCAUGGCUGACUGAAUUGCUGUGGGCGUUUUUUGUCCCUUUCACAGUGUAUCAAGUAAGGUGGCUUCCUCCAGUGCAAAGACAGGAUGGAGAAUCAGAUCAAGAAUUUGCCAACAAAGUACAGGAGCUUCUGGCCACUGAGCUGGGUGUUGUCUCAACCCAGAUCACCAAGGCAGACAAAGCUGAACACAUCAAAAGGAAACGGCACACAGUUUCCCACACCAUUCACCGGGAUUUGGGUGCCAGACCUCGUACUGUGGCACAUGGUUUCCUGAGCUCAAAUGUAGGAGCAGAAGACCCUAGAGUGAUGCGCAUGGCACUUCAAGUGAAGGAUGUCCUUCCUGACGUACCUCUCAGUGUUAUAACCAGAGACUUGUUGCAAACAAACUGUGUGGAUACAACUAUUACCAACCUGCUAGAGAGCACCGAGCAGUAUCACACAGAGCCGGCAGCAGGUCCAUCCCGACCCUCAACCUCCACCAAAUCUCCUGUUGCUUCCCCACCACCUACUCUAGAGCCAACAGCCAAAUCGUUUGGGAAAUCACCAGAACACAGACACAUGUCUUUACAGGAAAGAAAAGCGGCUUUGUACGAGUAUGCAAGAAGACGAUACAUCGAGAAACAUGGACUAAAUCUAGAGGAAGACUCAUGAGUGUUGUUUUUCAAGUUUUGUUUAUGGAGACAACAGACACACACAUGCUGUUAUGGGAAGAGAAAGGAAAAGAAAGCACGGCAUUGAGUUUUAAGUUGGGAAGAGAAAGUAGGGUUUGAAUAAGUUCAGUGGAUUUUUAUUAACCCCUUUGCAUGGCAAUCAUGCAUGUCUUUUUAAUUAUUUCUCUGCUCUGAAAAAAAGUUUAUUUUGGUAAAGUUUGUACUACCCCCCUCCUGGUACCAGUGGAACAUCUUAUAUUAUUUUUAUAAAGUUCAGAGUUAGAAAGCAAUAGCUUGACAUUGUGUGGUAUCAAAUGAAAACUAUGGGGUUGUGUUGUAAGGAUAUGUGUUGAGUCAGUGUCCUCUUUUAAAGACAUUAAAGAGCAUUUUGAUGCAAAUUUGACCUCUAAA